AUGUUUUUGGUUCUGGCGUUGUUUAUCUUUUCUCUGGUGGUCAAUGUUUACCUUCUGUUAGGUCUGGAGCACUCUGAGGCUCUCUCUUGGAACCCGCGCUACAUGCUGCUGAAGAACUUGAUCGUAAGUGACCUGCUGCAGACCUUGACCUUCGCGCCGUCCACGCUUUACUGCCUCCUGAGCCGCACGACUCUGAGCUUUAGCCUCGGAUGCCUGAGCUCGUUCUUCACUGGCGCGUUGGCCAUCAUCACUUCGCUCUUGACCGUCGCCUCUAUGGCACUGGAACGUUUCAUUUACACGUGCCACGGCAUCCACUACCUGGCGUUCAUGACCAAAAUACGCAUGUACUACUUUGUCACCCUGAUCUGGCUGCUGGGUGUUGCCGGGGCUGGCACGUCCACCAUCCUGGUGAUGGUAGAAAAAGUCAAAUUCGAAGGCAUCGUGGCCGGAUUAGUGUGUGAGCCGGAGGUCCUGCAAGCGCAAAUGAAAGAGCCCAUGUAUUUCGACCUGUUCAACAAGGUGUUCAUCGGGACUUUGCUCAUUCUCUGCCUCCUGAUGUUUCUCUUCUCGUACGGCCGGAUGUACCAGGAAGCGUGUCAGGUCCAGCAACCGUUUCAGCAGGACAACGUCCGAGCCAGAUGCACCAUCUCGUUCUACUUUGCCAUCUUUCUGCUGCAGCUGUUUCCCAACGUGAUUACAUUCAUCACUCUGUGCGGGAAGGACGUGAACAAUCAGAUGUACAUGUACGUGCUGAUCCUGGUUCCGUCGUGCGUCAACCCGCUGGCUUACGGAAUCAGAAAUGUGGAGGUGCGUCAGGCACUGAAGAGACUCUGUGGGUUAAAAUAG